GGGGAGGAGCGGGGAGGGGAGGGGGUGUUCAGCCGGUCUCUCCUCUCUCUGCUGCAGCGGCCAUGCUGCUGUCCGCCGCCUGUCUCGGUGCAUCCCGGUCCCCCGCCGGUGUAACCUGCCGCCGCUGCAUCCCUCAAUCCCGGGUUAGCGGACCGGCCUGGACCGGGUCGUAGCGGUUCAGUCCGCCUGGAGGCGCCGGAUCCAUCGGAACAGACCGGAACACGGUACCGGGGGAAGAGGAGAAAACCUCCAUAGCAACAAACCGGUUUCACGGCAUUAUUGUGAUGGAGGGAUGUUGAGGAGAAGUGUGACUAGGACAGACACCCCCCUCUAAAGAAAACCGGAUUACCAGGACUCCAAACCAUUGUGCCAGGUCUAAAGUGGGACUGCUGGAACUGGAUGGUCUGCACUACUACUGGGUUUAGAGCCAGAUCACUGGGACUACAGCUGGGUUACUGAACCUGCAGGAAGGUCACUGCGAGGACACGUCUAAAUCAUCCAGUAGAGACUUGACGUUUGCUGGAAUGACGCUGGGUUUCAUGGCUUUGAGGUUCUUCAUUCAAGCUUGAAAUUAGUUGGAGGAAAGACCUUUUCGGGGAAGGACUGCUUGAAAUGAUCAGUCUGAGGUUCGGUGCCACUAACAUGGAUUUUGUUCAUCUAUAGCCAUCACAGCAUCCAAGUGUCCUUUAGUAGUAACGUGAAGUAAGAUUGAAGCACCAAGGAAAUACUUGAAUUUUAGGAUUCUUAUAGUGGAGAAAGUACUGUUCAACGUUCUGACAGCAUCUCUUGAGUUGUGUUUGUAGUGUAAAAUAAAGUUUGAGUAGGAGAUCAUUGGAUUUACAACAGGGUUACUUGUUCUCCACGGAUACUGGGACUACUUUUUACUGGUAUUACACCAGGGUAACAGAAACUAAAGGUACUACGGCCAGGACCAGAUACAAGUCACAAAAAAACCCCAUCUUUUUUUUUGGUCUACUCGUCUGCAUCAUGUCAACUUGACCACAGAGCAUUUCAGAAGUCUGAAUGUUGAGGAUUAAAGCUGUUUUUUGAGAAUCUAAAAACACAUUUUGAGGACUAUAACCAGAUGUUUUCAAAAACACUACAGCUUCUACAUCACUGUUAAUGGGAUUAUAAAAUACCCUGGUCCUAGAAAAGUUACCAACUACUGUGUCUGCAAGCGAGUCACCAAGCUCACAACACAUAUUUUUGGGGGCACCAAGCAAGUUCUUAAAACUAUAAAGCCAUAUUAUCCUCACUGUUUAUCACUGUUGGAACAUGAACCUUAAGUAGCAGGGACUCUAUUAAACUCUGCUGGACCAAUAUUCAUCAUGUCUUUGAGCAAGACCCUCGAGCUGGAGCACUUCGACGAACGCGACAAGGUUCGCCGGGGGCGCUCCACCCGCACCAAGAGAGAUGACUCCACCGGCGGUGGCGGGGGGUCUGGCCCCAGCUCCAGGGGCAGCAGCCUGGUCCCUAGCCCUGCCCACAGCGCCAACUGCAGCUACUACCGGACCCGAACCCUGCAGGCACUCACCUCGGAGAAGAAGGCCAAAAAGGUCCGGUUCUAUCGCAACGGGGACCGGUACUUCAAGGGUCUGGUGUACGCUGUUUCCAGUGACCGGUUCCGCUCCUACGAUGCGCUGCUAAUGGAGCUGACGCGCUCGUUGGCGGAUAACCUGCAUCUGCCGCAAGGGGUGCGCACGAUCUACACUAUAGAUGGCACCAAGAAGAUCACCAGUAUGGAUGAGCUGGUGGAAGGUGAGUGCUACGUUUGUGCCUCCAACGAGCCUUACCGAAAGGUCGACUACACCAAGAUCUCCGUCCCAAGCUGGAAGCCAGGUGCCAGCUCUGGGACAGGUCCCGGGAGCUCAACCCGGCCCUCCACAGCGUCCACAGGGGUGUCGGCAAGCACGGCUACCACCACCAAAGAGCGACCUGAAAGUCGUGAGGGCAGGGAGAGCAAAGACUUUAUCAAGCCCAAGCUGGUGACGGUGAUCCGCAGCGGCGUGAAGCCUCGCAAGGCUGUGAGGAUCCUGCUGAACAAGAAGACGGCUCACUCCUUCGAACAAGUGUUGGCCGACAUCACAGAGGCCAUCAAGCUGGACUCCGGGGCUGUGAAGAGGCUGUACACACUGGAUGGGAAACAGCUGACCUGCCUGCAGGAUUUCUUCGGGGACGACGAUGUGUUCAUGGCGUGCGGGCCGGAGAAGUUUCGCUACGCUCAGGACGACUUUGUGCUCACACACACGACCAAAACACAGACGUUUGUUAGCGAGUGCAGAGCCAAGGUGUCUCGCUCUACCGCCCCUCCGAAAACCCCAACUCCCAAGACUCCUAGCAGCUCUGGUCUCUCCACCUGCAAGACUCCACCCAGAGGCCCGUCCAGAACCAAGUCUCCUGGCCCAGCCAAUGAGGGCUCAGGAUCGCAGUUAGCUGGGAAGUCGGCCAGGUCCAGCCCCUCCCCCACCAGCCCCGGGACACGACGCAGCCUCAAGAUGUCUCCCCACCGCACUUCCUCCACGGAUGUAAACGGAGAGGCCGAGCAGGCGGACGAAACUGUCGAAGUGAACGGUAAUCGGUCCGUUUCUUCCUCCAUCAUCAACGAGAAGUACCAAGUCGGUAAAGUGAUCGGGGACGGGAACUUUGCUGUGGUGAAAGAGUGCGUGGAGAGGUCGACGGGACAGGAGUACGCUCUGAAGAUCAUUGAUAAAGCUCGCUGCUGUGGGAAGGAGCAUCUGAUAGAAAAUGAAGUGGCGGUGCUGCGGAGGGUUCGACAUCCCAGCAUCAUCCAGUUAAUCGAGGUGGAUGAAACUCCCAGUCAGCUGUUCCUGGUCAUGGAGCUCGUCAAGGGUGGCGACCUGUUCGACGCCAUCACCUCCUCCACUAAGUACAGCGAGCGGGACGCCAGCGCCAUGGUGUUCAACCUGGCCGGAGCCAUCAAGUACCUGCACCGGAUGAACAUCGUCCACCGAGACAUCAAACCAGAGAACCUGCUGGUGUGCGAGUAUCCAGACGGCACUAAGUCGCUGAAGCUGGGCGACUUUGGUCUGGCGACGGUGGUGGAGGGACCGCUCUACACUGUGUGCGGCACGCCGACGUACGUCGCCCCGGAGAUCAUCGCUGAGACUGGCUAUGGUCUGAAGGUAGAUAUCUGGGCGGCGGGAGUGAUCACCUACAUCCUGCUGUGUGGAUUCCCUCCAUUUAGAAGUGAGAAUAAUGUGCAGGAGGAGUUGUUUGAUCAGAUCCUGAGAGGGAAGCUGGAGUUUCCGUCUCCAGACUGGGACACAGUCAGCCUGCCAGCCAAGAUGCUGAUUAGUCAGAUGCUGCAGGUGAACGUGGACACUCGCUUCACUGCAGAGGAGGUCCUGUCGCACCCCUGGGUGACGGACGAGGCCCCCGUAGACUCCAACACUGUGAGCAGCACUGAAGAGCAGACCAGUGGAGACGCACUGGAACCAGAGAACGAAUCCCCAAUACUGGAAACCAAACAAGUUCCUUCACCUCUGGUCUGAAACCCCUUUCAUCAACUGGAACCCGAACACAACACUGUUUGUUUGAUCUACGUUUCCUCACCUUUGGUGCAGACUCAUCCUGGAAACCAGACGAGUUCUCUCAAAUCUUGUCAAGAUUUGUUCUGUUUUUUCCAAUGAAGACCUCCAGUGCAGAACACAUCCUGUUUGAUGUUUUGGAAGCCAAAUGCUUCCUCCACCAUCUGGUCUAGCAUAGGAUCUGUUUCACCCACUGGAAAACAAAUGACCAUCCUGUUUUAUUUAUUGGAAACCAAAUCACUGUUUCUGGACAUGUUCCAUUUCACCUUCUGGAAACUGAACAGAAAAUUGUGUUUAAUCUACUGAAAACUGAGUAGUUCCCUCAAAUCUAGUCGAGAGUAAAUCCUGUUUAACCUAUUGGAAGCCAAACAAAAACCAUGACCCCCUAUGGUCUAGAAUAUACCCAGUUUAAUCAACUGGAACUUCUGGUCCAAAAACGCCCCGUUGCUUCUACUCGACACGGAACAAAGUUGCUCGAUUCUAGUCUAGAGUACGUCCCCUUCUAUCAACUGGAAACCAAAUGAGUGCCCUCAAACCUGGUCUAGAAUCAGCCCUGUUUCAUCUACUGGAAUCCAUCAAGUUCCCUCACCUCUGGUGUAGAAUGGUUUUCAGUAGAUUAAACAUGAUAAAAACAAGUUCCCUUAUUGUUGUUUCUGGAAAACUGAAGUGGUAUACACUUCAGUUUGCUGUUUCUUGUACUGGAAACCAAACCAGUUCCCCCAUUUUUGGUCUAGAUCAUGUCCCCAUUCAUCUACUGAAAACUGAGCACGUUCCCUCAAUUCUUGACUAGAAUAUGUCCCCUUUUACCAACUGGAAACCAAACGAGUUCCCUCAUCUCUAGUCUAGAACAUGUUCUGUUUCAUGUUACUUGAAACCAAACAUAAUUCCUCAAAAUCUGUUCUUGAACUCGACCUAUUAUUCCACUGAGAACCAAAUGAGUUGCCUCGUCUCCUUAGUCCAGAACACAUCCACUGGAAACCAAACAAGUUUCCAAAUCUCUGGUCUAGAACACGUCUCCAUUUAUUUACUGGAAACCAAACAAGUUUGCUUGCCUUUUCUAUUCAACACCAAAUGAGUUUCCCUCCCGUUGGUCUUUUAAAAGUGUUCUACUGGAAACUGAACUGUGUUUGUCACCUGUAGUCUAGGACACAUGGCAUUUGCUCCACUGGAAACAAAUCAAGUUCUCUCUUAUUAUUUCCAAUUUAUCUCUUGGAAACUGUCCUUGCAUCUGGUCUACACCACAAUUUAAACUACUAAUGACUUUCAUAAGUCCCGUCUCUGCUGCUGUACUGGAAAGUAUUUACAUUCUCUUUGAUGAGCUCCAUUUAACAUCUAUUAGAUGUCCAUUUUGCUCUAUAAGAGGAGUCCGUUUAGUUUUGGACAGACAUUAAUGAAGUCACCUCACUGCUGCUUGAAGGACACACACCAUAUCAACAAUGGGACACAAUGAAGGUGCUAUUGGACACAUACUGUUUCAUCACCCGGUGUCUCAUGGGACUGGCACUUACCUCCGGUCUGACUGACACUUAACUCAAAGGCUCUGAAAAAGGCCUCAAAUCACUUUCAUAAGGAUAUAAACAACUGAUUCGUUAACAAACGCUCCGUCUGGUUUAGGGACUAUUUGCUCUGUAGUCCCUGCCACUUGGCGACCAGGAUGUCUUCCACUUAUUCUGGGAAACGUCCCAUUUCUCCUGCCUUUACCCUCCAGUUCUCCUUCCACUGACCCGAAGGACGUUCCUCAUUUCCUCUACUCUGCACCCACCAACACAAUGAGAUAUUUGAGUACUGUGCCUGUUUACACUGCUGAUGAAUCCUUCUUAAUAUCCUAAAUCUCAGCCCCUUCAGCAUCGGUUCAACUCCUCAGACCCCUCCCCAUGUCAUCAGCUGUAUAGACAGAUAAGGGUCAUUGUUUUUUCGGUUUACAGAUUAUUGCUAAAAUAUAUAUCUUAGUUUUUGAAAAGGAACAGAUGGUUUAAAGGAGUUCCAUGCCAUUCCCACAGUACAUACAGCAUGGAGCUGGAGCCAGGUGGCUAUUAGGCCAGCUUAGCCCAAAGACUAAAGGAGACUUGCCUCAUGGCCUAGCUAUGUCCAAAGUUAAAAAAUCUGGCUAGUAGCACCCCUAAAGCUCACAAAUUAAAACAUUAUUUUGUUUAAUUAAUACACAAAUGAAGAAUUUUGCUAACAGAUGAACGAAACAAGAUACAGUAUGUUAAUAUAAUUAAAAUUCGGCUUUAAAGGUGUAUUUUUUAACUUUGAGCUAGCUUUCCCCAGUGUUUACAGUCUUUAUGCUAAGCUAGGCUAAUCACCUCCUGGCUACAAUCCUCCGAGUACUGCCCAACACAUUGAACUAGACCUAUACUAUACUUAGAAAAAAAAAGAUUUCUGAACAAAUAAAGUUACAGAACAGAAAAAAAAAAAAAAACCCUCAAACCAAUGAGUCUUAUCUACAUACACUCAGUGUCCUCCAUUGAAGGGCACUUCCUAUCACCCCAUUACUCCCAUCCAUCACAGAUUCCCCAGACUUCGUACUGUAACUCAAAUGAAGUGAGUGACCUCCAAACCUCACAUUUACAAAACGUUUUCAGCAACCUUUCGAGGUUUCUGCCUGCAGUAUGACUGAGGUAAAGGGCACGUACCAGUCCUAACCCAGAGCUCCCUGCCUCUCCUCCUGCCUGCAGUUAACGGAGGAUAAAAUGUUGUGUAUAUACUGUAAAUAUCACUCUGUCUGUUGGUGUCUGUCUGUGUGAGUCUGUUGUGAAGUAGGGAAACAGUAGCAGUUUGAACAAAAAAUAAAUACUUAAAUGAAAAGAAAUAAUCUCAUCAUAGACAUGAUGUGUCAGCACCCCGCAAAACCUUGUUUUUCCUGAAGAGCCAAAGUUUAGAUUUAAAAAAUAUAUUUUCCACAUUGAUACUGAAACAUUUUGGCAUUUUAAAAUCUACAGUGGUGGAAUGUACUUAAAGCAUCAGUGCUUUACUUGAGUAGUUUCAUGACGCUUUCUACUUCUACUCCACUACAUUUCGGAGAGAAAUUAUUGUUUUUUUUUUACUUCAUUACAUGUACUUCAAAUUAACCUCAAAUAUGACGAUUUGCUGCUUUUACACAUCUUAAAUGACAGUAAACUGAAUAAUUUUGAGGAUUGGGCUGUUGGUCGGACAAAACGAGACAUCUGAAGGUGUCAGAUCAACUUUAUCAGAACAAUAAUCAGAUUAAUCAAGAAAUUAACCUUCAUAUUAAUCCAUAAUGAAAACAACCAUUAGUUGCAGCGUCAAACCUCAAACAUACACAUACAUAUACAACAGUUGACUUCAGCUUAAAAUGUAUUAAAACAAAAUAAGAAUACUGUAUAUAUAGUAUAUCAUUACAUGCUUUCCACACAAACUUUAAGUUCUAAUGGAGUAUUUUUAUUUUUAUUGCAUAAUAUUAGUACUUUUGCUCAAGUAAAGAAUCUGUGUACUUCCUCCACCACUGAAAAUGCAGAUUGUCAUCAGUUAAUUCUUUAUUCUAAUUUAAAAAAAAGGCAGAAAAAAUGAGAGUCAAGGUUUCUGAGGGUUGCUGACGAGCUGUAAUGAAAGAGUUCUUACCUUUUAAAGUCGAGUUCCUGAUAGAUCUGGUAGCAAAUGUUGCCUAGCAACAAAAGGACUGGGCACGGCGAUGGAUCUCUUUCCUUAUAUGGUCAUGUGUCUGUGAGAUGUGACAUAGUGGGUCAUUUAUCAAUCAUAUCCAUCCACACAUCCAUUAUGUUGUCUGUUGAUGUUACUGGUUACAAGAAUCACUGGGGAUGAAGGCAAGGUGUGCGUGUGUGUGUGUGUGUGUGUGUAAAUAAGUGUGUAAUCUUUUAACUUAAAAUCAUGUGGGAAUGGGGGUGUAUGAGGUUCAGUAUGUGUGUUUUGUGUGAGUAUGUAUGCAUCGAGGGAAGGGGGUCACUUUUUUAGUUGUUAUCUGGAUAAAUGCGUUGACCUGAUGCAGUGUUAUGACCUUACCGUGACCUUUGAACUUAGCACGACCUUUCCAUGGCCUUGACCUUUGGCCGGAGCCACUGAUGAAGAGUUUGGCGAGGAUGGGCUGUGGCAGAUUGGAAGCUAGCAAAGUCGUUUCGAAGGACUAAACUCAUUCUGUGACGCUAGGUGUGACGCAGCGAGAAGAUAUCAGAACUGGAGAUUAUUUCCUAAUUGUUUGGAUACCUUCUAUGGUUCGUUGAUCUGAUUGGUUGAAUUUUUCUUGCCAUAGUUGGUGAUAGAUUUCCAACGACAAAUUCCCAUAUGGUUCUGUGUAACAAACCAUACCGUACAGUCAGAUUAAAGAUUCAGUAUCACAGGUAUAUUUACGGUUAUUCUUGGUCAAUCUGACAUUUGCUGACCAGCUCAAACAGCAGCAUCACUUUCAGAUUUGAGUCAAACGUUUGUGUAAUUGCGUCGAUUUGCGAGUAGAAAUUCCGCCAUUACGUUACAAAGUAAUCUAUGUGCACAUUACAGUCCAGCAAAAGUUGAGCCUGGUUCAUCGCUGGCUGGCUCUGAUCAAAUAAAGGAGAAGUCAGCGUUUACACAGAGCUGCUUCAGGUUCAGCCUCAAUUGGGAGAUUUGAAUCCUCGACUUGUGAAACGCUACAAUAAAACCACUGAAUCCUAUUUAUUACACUAGUUCAGACUCUCCAUUAGAGGUUUAACAUUACAUUACAUACAUUAUGCUUUGGUACACUCAGUGAUUAACAAGGUUAGAUGAAGACAAAUUAUGUGAAAGCAGAAGAUUCAGUUUCACUUAAAGACUACGUGGGGGAUGUUUUAAGUUUUAAAAUGAGUUAGAUCAUUCAACAGUUUCUGGUCUUUCUGGUUCUUUUUUAUAUUUUUGGUUGAGAAGACAUUUUGAGGCAGCUGACACUUCAGUGUUAAAUCAAUGAACACUUUUUAACAGGCUCAAUUGAUCAAAUUUUGUUGAUCGUUGUGACACAUUUUUAACACUAUAAUGCAUAUUGUCACAUUUUUGCAUUUAGGUUUUAUUGUUACACCAUUUUUUUGAUAAUGUAUUGGAAAAUCUAGAGAGCGUUAUAAAAAAUAAUCUUCAUAAAGUCUAUGGUAACACUAAGUUUUAUAAUAACACUCAUCAUUGACAUAUCAGUCAUCACAGUAAUGAUUUAUCUCCUCACACUACGCAUUAUUUGCUCUGAGGAAGCCCUGCAACAAGUCAAAUUCUUUAAGUCAGUGGCUCGGCCUUUGACCUUCUAUGCCUGCUAUGAACCCAGUAGUCUUAAUUCUUUUCUCUUUGCUUUAUACCAAACCAAAAGGAGCCUUCUGUUGAUGCUGUUAGCGAUGCAGCUACACCUGUUGCAAGCAAAGACUUAAAGUAAUUUCAGAGUGAUUUGCCCCAGGGUGGCUGCAGUUAUUAGGCCCUUUGUGUGUGUUUUUAGCAAAUGCAGUGUGUGUACGUGUGUGUGUGUGUGUGUGUGUGUGUGUGUGUGUGUGUGUGUGUGAUCAUUUCACAUCAUGCCUCAUUUUAGACAGGAACUGAUUUUUUUUGUUUAAAUCAAGUACCGUAGACAAUUUAGGAUUUUGAACAAAACUGGGCUGGUUUUCCUAAAAGAAAUCUCAGAAUCUAAUGUUCAGUUCAAUCAGCCAAAAAACUAAAUAUAUUAUUUGUGCUCAAUCAUUUUAAAAUAGCUAGAUUCUCAAAUGUUUUCCUAUUGAAGACAAUCCUUUUUCUGGAAUACCUAUACUGAACCUUGAUCCUGAUAGCUAAAAAACACAAAAAGUCUUGUAAAAAGUUUUUUCUUUACAGCUUAUUAGCUCAAACUUGCUCAAAGUUAGUAAGUUGUUCCUAAAUUAAGCAAAGAUGCACUUUGAGUGUUUUUUAAAAUCUAAAUUAAAUUUCAGCUGUUCAACGUCUGUUUCGAGAUGCUUUUAGGAAAACUAGUCCUGGGUUGAAGUGAAAGGAGAUGUGAGGACAACAGUGUUUUGAGGACAUGUUCUAGACAUGUUUUAAUGCUAACAAUGAUCUGUAAUGUGAUGUGUGUUGAUAUGAAACGUAUGUUUGUUGGGAUCAGGGUGCAAAGCCUUGAUUCGGAUUGAAAAGAUGCAUUCAACUGUGAAAAUAAAAACUGAUGCAGUGGCAUCAUGUUAA